AUGGAGGAGUCUAUUAAAAACGCCGAUCUAUCAUUUUUAUGUUGCUGCCGUCGUCAGUUUCUGAAUUGGGCUACGGAAAUCGAGGAGUUGCGGGCGGGGGAUUCGCAGCGGAAAAAAGAAGAAUUGCGUCUUCUUUCGGAAUUGAAUUCAAUUAAGCGAAAGCUAGCCGAAAAAGAAUUCGAGCAACAAACAAAUGCAAAUGUUGAACAACAGACCCACGUAGCUGAGACAGACAACUGGCGACGAACAAACGAGCAGCAACAGCGGGAAAUCAACGAAUUAAAAGACGAGAGAGCGCAGCUGUGGAGGCGUCAUUCGUUUUUACUCUCUCUCGGCAACAGCAGCAGCUGCAGCACCAGCACCAGCAGCUCUACGUGUAAUGACAGUAGCUGCGGCAGCAGCCGUUCUCCAGUCAGCAGCACCAAGAAGAAUUACCCUUUGGGUAGUCGCGUUAGCGAAGAGAGCAGCAGCAUCAGCUGCAGCAACAGCAGCAGCAGCAGAGAGAGUUCUGACAGCAGCAGCAGCAGGGGCAACAGGAGACGGGGCAGCAGCUGCAGCAGCGACUCCAGCAGCAGCCAAACCGAAUGCCUCAGCAGCCCGUUAAAUAACCUCUUCAACGACCCUUUGAAAGCGAGCAGCAAAAGCGCAGCAGCAGCAACAACAACAGCACAGCUAUACACUACUGGCAGCGGCUGCAGCAGUGGUGCAGGAGAGGGAACAGCAGCAGUGCAGCAACAGCAGCAGCAGCAGCUGCAGCAUGAGAAACCUCAAGCAGCACAGCUCCUGCUGCGCCACAUGACCCCUCCCACUGCAGCAGCAGCAGCAGCAGCAGCUCCUGCUGCUGCUGCAGAUUCUACAGUUGAAGUCGUAUGUUGGAAUGGCGCCGUCAACCAAACAAAACAAAAAAACGAAAAAGAGGAAGAUACAGAAGCAGCGCUACUACACCAGGCCUCUGACUUCCUACUGCAGCAACAGCAGCAGCAGCAGCAACAACAACUGCCACCCGAGCAGCAGCAGCAGCAGCAGGAAGGGGGCAUGGACGUUGCAGUCACACCAAUAGAAGACGUACAAAAAAAACGAGAAGAACCAAAGCAGCAGCAGCAGCAGCAGCAGGCAGCGACAGCUGCAUUAGAGACAGCAGCAGCAGCAAGGGGAUUAGAAGAAGAAACAACUGCAGAGAGUGCAGCAGAAGAAACGAACGGAGAAGAAAGACAGAUAAAAAGACGAAGAGAAUGCGAAGAAAUUCAAUCGAAUUUAAACGAGUGGAGUCGGGCGAACAACUGGAGGUAA